UCAUUUCUUGAACAUAUCUAUCCUACUUCCUAUUUGACUAUUGUUUGUAGUCUCUGAUGCAGCAAAAUGGAUUCCAUUCCUGUUCCCAGUCCUAAACCUAAACAAAUAUUUUGCCUGAAAUGGCCAUGGAAUGAAGCAAACCCUAACUCUAGCCCUAGUCCCUGCAAGUUCGAGGGUCCUUGGCCAUUGAAGUCUCUCCAAAACCUUGGUAUAAUUGCUUUCAACUUUGCCAACUCUGUUUCAGGUUGGAAGAAGAAAACGACUCUCACACAGUCAGAGGCAGAGCAUAGAGCAUUUGCUUCGGCUCUGGCAAGCGCCAAGGACGCGACUUUGGUGGAAUUCUACUCACCCAAGUGCAGGCUCUGUAAUUCCCUGCUCAAAUUUGUUUCCGAAGUCGAAGCCAGGAACUCUCACUGGCUCAAUAUUGUCAUGGCGGAUGCUGAGAAUCCCAAUUGGCUACCUGAGCUCCUUAAUUAUGAUGUUAGCUAUGUUCCUUGUUUUGUACUUCUUGACCACAAUGGCAAGGCCCUGGCAAAGACCGGUGUCCCGAGUAGUCGUUUACACGUUAUUGCAGGACUCUCUCAUCUUCUCAAAAUGAAGCGCCCUCAACCAAAAUGAAAAUGAUGGAUUAUGAUUUCACUGUUUUGUAUGUGUGAAUGGUGUGAUUGGGUCUCCAUGAAUUGGCUUAAGGUGGACAAAAUGGAGAUAGGGAGUUUUGGGGUGGGAGGAGAAGCAUCGGUGGGGGAGGAAGGAGAAGAAGCCUGUGAAAACUCAAAAGAAGGAAACGAAUACUUUUCAGAAUACCCGAUCCAAAUUUUUUGUUUUAAUAUAUUUUAGAAUGCAUAUACUUCUAAAACAUAUUUCUGGAUUCAAAAAUGUUUUUUAAAAUGUGUAUUUUAGAAUAUUCUUUUUUUUGAAAUACAUAUUUUAAAAUGUGUUUUCAAAUUCAAAAAAUAGUUUUUAGAUUGUAUAACUUAAAAUAUUUUUAUUUUAAAAUACAUUUUAGAUCAUGUAUAUUGUACAGGAUUAAGUCAUCCCGAAAUCGACCCAAAUUACCUAUUUGUCCGAAUACAUGUCGUUUUAUUAAUCCCACAUAGUCCAAUAUGUAUCUAAUCAUUCCUUCUUCUUUUUAUCAGCAAAGAGUAUAAAUAUAUAUAUACAAAGUCAUUGUAGGUGUGCUCAACCCCUAUACAUUGAAUUUCUUAGAUAAUCUAAAAACAUCCUAACGGAUGUGUAAAUCAAAAAAUUAAAAGCAAACAAAGGUUCUUACAUAUUUAAAGUGCAACUAAAAAAAGUUACUACCUUAAGAAUUUUCACUUAUAAGUACUUAUUUAAGUUGGUAGUCAUUGGCCGUUCCUGGAUUCAUUCCCAUCAGACCAAUGUUAGAUUCAAAUUUGUUUAUAAGUUAUUUUGAGAGCUUUCUAAUCAACAAAAAAACAUGUGUAACAUUUUGUUCUUUGACCCUAUUACUCAAAACUAAACACUAAAGUGUCGUGCGUCCAGUAAAAUACUACAUCUUAGAAGACUUUUCCUGUGAAAUUCAACUCUAAGUUUUGGUUAAACCAUUUUCCUUCCUCUCCUUCAUCACAUACAUCACAUAAGUCUUUCCACCACCUUGAUGUAUAAUGUUUUAUAUUAUGUCUUUUUAGACCUCUCCAAUAUCCAUAUUUUGAUUUUAAGAUAUCCUUCCAUAAUCUUUCUUCCUCCAUGUCUAGUCUCCACUUCCAUUUGGCUAAUUGAGCUUUAUUAAACAAAUGGAUAUCUUAUCCAAGCAAUCUUUCUAUCCUCAUGUUCUCAGCUCAAGAGAAAAUUUCUUUGAAGGUUCUUAAUAAUCUUACAAACAUCUAUCGGUGCUUUAUAAAAGGGAAAAAUAGUAAAGGGGCAGGACUGUGAUGACUGAUUUUAUUAAACAAAUUUGUCCUGCAAAUGAUAAGUAUCUACCUUUCCAUGUGGACAAUUAUAAUUUUUGUAAUCACUGGUUGCAAAAAAAAAAAAAAUGCUUUGUUGAGUUUCCUCUUAGAACCAUACCUAAAUAUUUGAAUGGUAUUUGCAUUGUAUUACAAUGUAAAACGUGUAAGUAUCUCGUUAAAGUAUUUUUGUCUACACUUAAGGCUCCAAUUUUUCUUUUAUAAAAAUUAACUUUUGUGUCAUGAAGUCAUCUCACACCACCUAAGUAUACUUUUAACGACUAAGAUGUUCUGACAGUUUGCUUCACAUAUAAAUAAAGUAUCAUUUGCAAAUUAUAGGAGGUUAAACUUGACUUUAUUUUCUUCUACAUAUAUGUAUGCCUGUAUACAAAUUUUCUUUAUAGCCUGGUUUACCAUUCCAAAUAGGCCUUAUGCCAUUAUUAAGAACAAAAAGGGUGCAAUAGGGUUCCCUUUUCUUAACCCUCUUGUUGGAUUGAAUUGUUUAGUUGGGCUACCAUUUACUAGAACUAAAAUCGUGGCAAAUUUUAAACAUUUCUUAAUUCAACUUAUCCAUUGUCUGCAAAAUUCUAGUCUCUCCAUCAUGUAAUAAAGAAACUCCCAACAUACAGAAUUAUAUGCUCUUUUGUAGUCUAUGUUAACUACCAACCCACAUUUCUUUUUUUAUUUUGUCUUCAACUGUCUCAUUAGUUAGCCAUUAAGAUGCUAUCCAGUAACUCUUCCAGAUAUAAAAGUAGACUGGGACCUAUCAAUUAUCUUAGGCAAGACCUUUUUCAUUCUAUUAGAUAGGACUUUAGAUAUUUGUAUGUGCAUCGAAAUAGGUCUGUAUUCAUCUAAUGUGACCAGAUUUUCCAGUUUAGGCACUAGAUUAAUAAAGGAUGCAUUGCAA